AUGAGCACCGAAAACCAGAACCAGCAGCAGAUCACUGAGGACGAGGCAUCCUUGUACGACAGGCAGAUCCGAUUAUGGGGUCUUGAGGCCCAGAACCGAAUGCGUUCAUCCACCGUGCUCAUACUGUCUCUCCGGUCCCUCGCCCACGAAACCAUCAAGAACCUUGUGCUGGCUGGUAUUGGUCGGCUGAUCGUUGCCGACUCUGGUGUCGUCACUGAGGAGGACCUCGGGUCAGGCUUCCUCUUUCGUGAAGAGGACGGCGCGCUCGGAAAGUCUAGGACAGAAGCAGCUCUCCCGCAGAUAGCGUCACUCAACCCGCUCGUGACGCUGAGCGAGAUGACAUUGGAAAGCUUCCAGGGGGCGGAGGACGAUGUUGCAGCGGUUCUGAGAAAGGAAAGUGUGAACGUCGUUGUUGCGUGUGACCUGUCGACCACCCAGAAUGAACUCACCAACGCUGCUGCUCGCAAGGCUGGCUCUUUGUUCUACGCCGCCGGCACCUAUGGCUUCUUUGGUUAUGCCUUUGCCGACCUCGGCGACUCCUACGAAUAUGUAGUCAAUCAGACAGAGGGCCUCGCGAAAAAGUCCCUCACAUAUACCCCUCUGAGCGCCGCCCUUGACGAAACCAAGUGGGGCCAGGCGAAUGGAAGUCCUUUCCGAGGUCAGACCCGGAACACAACCAAGGGCAUGGCUCCCAAUGCUUCUUUGGGCAUACUAGCCCUUUGGAAGUACGAGAAGGAAAACGGUCAUCUGCCCAGCGACGACUCUGCUCUGGAAGCUCUCACCUCCAUAUCCAGCUCUUUAAUUACCUCCCUCGGUGUCAACCCCAAAGCUCUCGCCGCUGUUGAACAAUCCACCCUCUCUCAUCUCGCCUCCCACGCUACGCACUUCUUCGCACCUACUCUCGCCAUCUUGGGUGGCCUCCUCGCCCAGGAUGUAUUGAGGGCGCUGAGUAGAAAAGACAAGCCUUUUGCGAAUCUGUUAGCUGUGGAUACCAUGACUGGUCUGGGGACAGUGAACAGGUGGAGCAUGGAAGAUGCCAAGGAUGUGUAG